UCCGCCACAGUUUGAAAGGGAACAACUCAUUCUGUCACUCCAUUUAGCAACAGAAUUCUUAGCAAUGGCCAAAGAAAACAGGUCCAACAAACCGGAGGGGCCAGUGCAGUUGGACCUAGCUGAAGCCAUCAAGAAAUGGAUUCCGGUUUUGAGAGUGACAAGACUCUCUGAAAAGGCCAUGUUGCCCGAAAGAAUGUUUCCUCAGUCCGCCGCGUAUGAUCUUUUCAGUGCUGCAGAUACUGUAGUACCAGCCCGAGGUAAAGCUAAGGUUCCUACUGAUUUAAGUAUAGAGUUCCCGCCUGGAACUUAUGGUCGUAUUGCUGGAAGAUCGAGUAGGGCAUGGAGAUACUCCCUUCAAGUUGGAGCUGGAGUGGUUGAUUUGGAUAAAGAUCCAGUAUUUGUGAUCUUAUUCAACCAUGCUGAUACUGAUUAUGAAGUGAAGGUCGGUGAAAGAAUCGCACAGUUGGUAGUAGAGCUCCACGCCACUCCUGAGAUUGUUGAGGUUCAUCAAUGAUCAUGAAACCACAAGAGCAUUACUAUCUUUUAGUCUUCAACCAUCUUAUUUAUUUCCCUGAUUUUUAGCCAAUUGGUAUAGUCCAUUGCUAGUACAGAGGGCUUAGUCUUGGUGAUUUCAUGAACCACCCACCAUCCUGUGUUGCAAAA